AAAUGAAAAUACACGUAUUCUUUGGAAUUUGACAAGGAAUGCAACGAUGUUACUACAGUGCGUUUCAUAACGAACACCCUGUAUAUCAAUGGUCAACCCCCUGCAGUACUGUCAGUCCAUUUCGGAACGCACCCCUCGUAUGUGCUUUCUAACCUGUCAAAGAGUAACACAAAGUCUGCUUAUAAAUCUCAACUUUAUGAAUUGUCCAUUAAAUAACAUUAAAUGUAGGUUAUUAGGUUUAAGUAAAAUUUGGUGAACUUAUUGUACGGCGAUUCAAUAAAUUUGAAACUACGGAAUAAGGAGUUCUAUGUAAUCAUAUCUAUGUAGAAACUUUGUGAAAUAUAGUUUAAAACGUACUAGAUUAUAUUUAAGUUACAAUAGCAAUGGCUGUGGUAAUAGAAACAACGAUUGGAGAUUUCACAGUAGACCUAUACACGGAUCGACGGCCACAAACAUGUCGAAAUUUUCUUAAACUUUGCAAGAUUAAGUACUACAACUGGAACUUGUUUCAUUCGGUACAAUGCAAUUUUAUUGCACAAACUGGUGAUCCAACAGGAACUGGGAAAGGUGGAGAAAGUGUGUAUGGAUAUGUUUUUGGAAAAGAGGCGUGUUAUUACGAGGCAGAGAAAAUGCCAAAAAUUCGGCAUGAGAGGUCUGGAUUGCUUUCCAUGGUUAAUUGUGGGAACAAUAUGCUCGGCUCUCAGUUUUUUAUUACUUUGGGGCCUGAGCUCCAGUCACUUGAUGGUCAGCAUUGUGUAUUUGGUGAAAUUACUGAAGGUCUUGAAAUUAUUUUAAAAUUUAAUGAAACAAUCUGUGAUGGAGAACAUAGACCAUAUCAGGACAUCAGAAUAUCUCAUACUGUAAUUUUGGAAGAUCCUUAUGAAGAUCCCAGAGGUCUCAUUGUACCUGAUCGUAGUCCAGAACCUACAAAGGAAGCAUUAACGAGCGAUAGAAUAGGUGCUGAUGAAGUAAUUGACGAUACAGCCGGUAUGACAAUAGAACAGAUUGUGGAAAUGCGAAAACAAAAAGAAGCUAAGGCCCGAGCAACAAUUCUAGAAAUUGUUGGGGAUAUACCUGAUGCUGACAUGGCACCACCAGAGAAUGUCUUAUUUGUUUGUAAAUUAAAUCCAGUAACAAAUGAUGACGAUCUGGAAAUUAUCUUCAGCAGAUUUGGAAAGAUUAUUGGGUGUGAAGUCAUUAGAGAUCGACAAACAGGCGAUUCACUACAGUAUGCUUUUAUAGAAUUCGAAAAUCGUAAGAGCUGUGAGGAAGCCUAUUUUAAAAUGGAUAAUGUGCUCAUAGAUGAUCGCAGAAUACACGUAGAUUUCUCGCAAUCCGUAGCAAAAAUGCGAUGGCGUGGCAAAGGCAAAGGCAUAAGAUAUUACAACGACAAAGGGGAAUCUACCAAUGAACUUCAGGUUAAAUACCAAGAAAAAAAAUCUCACAGUCGCGAAUUCAAGUAUAACAAACGAAAUGAGGAAGAGCGAAAUCUUCGCAAUGACGAUGGCAGAAAAGUCAGUAAAGACCUCAGCAAAAGAAUGAUCGAUAACGAUAAAUAUGUUCGGCAAUAUAAUGGAAGGAAUUUCAAGAACGAUGAAGAUGGAAAAGGUCCACGCAAGGAUAAUAGAAAGGAUCUCGAAUAUGAAAAAUGGGACAAGAGUAGAGACCGAUAUAGACAAAAUGACGGUGGAGAUCGGUUGGCAAGAAACACUAGUAAAGAACAUAGUAAAAAAAAUGGACAAGGUAGGAAGAAUGAGCAAAAGCAUAGAAAAUCUAGUGAUUACAAACGUAAAGAUAAGGACCGUCGUUAUAGAGAAGAUAAACAUUUCGAAAAGAAGAAAAAACGAGAUCAUUCUGAAGAGGAGUAUGGGAGAUCUAACAAGCAUACACAUAGUAAAUAAGAGAAUUGAAGGAUGGAGUUCAAAUCGGUUUUUCCUAAUAAAAUAUAUUUCAAGGAUAUCCAAUAUGUAUAUAAAAUUAACAGUUUUCAUCGAGUAAAUAAAGAUGGCUGCAUAUUUCCACUUA